AAUAAAAAAUAAGUAACUCUUAAAUAUGGCAAACAAUUCGAUAAAGAAAAAGCUUCAAGGCAAAGUAGUCAUCGUUACCGGCGGCGCCAGCGGCAUCGGCGAGACCAUCGCCCGAGUCCUGGCCGAUCACGGGGCGCGGGCGGUGGUGAUCGCCGAUAUCCAACCCGAAAAGGGCCGCGCUGUGGCCGAAUCCAUCGGCCUGCAGCGCUGCAGCUACGUCCAAUGCGACGUGGCCGAGGAGGAACAAGUUGCGGCCAUGGUGGAAUGGACGGCGACGACCUACGGCGGCCUCGACGUAAUGUUCAGCAACGCCGGCACCGUCAGCAGCCUCCCUCAGACCAUCCUGGAUUUGGAUUUUUCGGAAUACGAGCGCGUGAUGCGCGUGAACGCGCGUGGCAUGGCGGUGUGCGUGAAGCAGGCGGCGCGUAAGAUGGUGGAAUUGGGGACGAGAGGGUCUAUCGUCUGCACGGCGAGCGCGACGGCGGAGAAGGCGACGGUGAACGCGACGGACUAUGUGAUGUCGAAGAGGGCGGUGUUGGGGCUGAUGCGGUCGGCUAGCUUGCAGCUCGGGAAGCACGGGAUACGGGUGAACAGCGUGUCGUUGGGUCUGGUGCUCACGCCGCUUGCUGCAAAGCAGGGGAUUGAGACGCCGGCGGAUGUUGACAAUUAUAUCAGCCGCUACACGAGUUUGAAAGGGGCGACGCUCACUGCCGAGAAUGUGGCGGAUGCGGUGGCGUUUCUGGCUUCGGAUGAGGCGGCGUUUGUCACCGGCGUUGAUUUGGCUGUGGAUGGUGGGAUGAUUGCCAUGCCAUUCGACCUUUCAAACUAAUGCAUGCUACUUAAUUUUAUUUAAUUUAUGUUGAAUCGAGUCUUGUAAUUUAAUUAGUUGAGCGAUCUGCAAGCUCCGUUUCGGUUUUCUUUGUCGGUUCUUUCCCGGGCCGUAUUAUAAGAGUCGAACCGCAUUUAGGUACUAUAAUAUGGAGUCUCUUUAUAUGGAGUCUCUUUAAUUCAAUAAGAAAUACAAUCAUAUUUAUAUUUUCA